AUGCUCGAUGACUUUGAGGAUGACGACAAGCCCGUUGUUUGCUAUGUUAUCAUGCAACCGCUGCAAGUAUCCGCGCUCCCGGUAACCGUGGUUUCAAUGGCCUUUGCAUUUCCCGCCUUGAUGCACAGGAUCGAUUCAGUCCUCAUUGCACUAGAGGCGGGGAGCAAGUUAGGGCUUCAGAUCUGGCCGGAUCUAGCGUUGGAAGCCGUCACCAAGGACAGCAACAAUUCGGAGGAGAAUGGAGAGGAGCAGAUGGCGACGAGCAUCGCGCUCUUCACGCAGUGCCCGGACAAAGACGAGUUUGCGUACCACGUGGAGCGGAUGCUCCUGAUAUGCAAUAAGAACAUGUUCAACACGGCGGUGGACAUGGGGCUUCAAGAAUACGUGAGAUCCAAGUCCUUCAACCGGAGGACGUGGUACCCGACGGGUCUACGGCUCCUCAAGGGGAAAGCCGGGCUAGUUACAGACGGACACGCGCUGUCAGAUAAGUCAAUCGCGGACGUGUGUGAAGCCUUCAUCGGAGCGGCGUACCUCUCGUCCGUGAAAAAGCGGCCAGGGAAGGGUGGCACAUGGGAGCCGAACUUUGACAUGGCGGUGAAGGCUGUCACGGCGGUGGUCAAGAACAAGAGACACAAGAUGGAACAGUGGAGCGACUAUUACGCGGCUUACACGAUGCCAGACUGGCAGGCAGCAGAGCCGACGCCGACGCAGGUGGAGGGGGCUAAGAUGGUGGGAGCCAAGGUCGGGUACGAGUUUCGGUACCCGGCGCUGCUACGGAGUGCGUUCAAGCACCCGUCGUACCCGUACGAGAAGAUCCCCAACUACCAGCGACUCGAAUUCCUCGGGGAUGCGAUGCUGGACAUGGUGUGCGUGGACUUUUGUUUGGGCGGUUCCCGGAGGCGGAUCCGCAGUGGCUGA